AUGCGAGCUUUAUAUCGUAUACCGCUAUUAGCUGUUUCAACAUUAGUACUACUUAAAUGUUUAAAAAAGUUAGAAGAACUAAACGAUUAUGUUCGAUCACCACCACCUUUACAAAUAACUGAACAACCUGCUUCACGACCUCCUUCUUUUGUUAAAAUCAAUGCUAAUUAUCUUUCAUCAUUUGGUAUUAAAUCAUAUAAAAUUAUUCGUGCAAUACAUGAUGAAACAAAUACUCAUCGACAAAAACGAUCUAUUAUUGAAAAUAAUUCACAUCGUAUUCUUACUCUUGAACUUGAUCAUAAAAAUAUUACAUUGAUUUUGAAAAAUACAAAUGAUUUUUUUUCCACAAAUGCAGAUAUUCAUCUUGGUUCAUCAACUUUUCUUCCAAUUAAUUCUUCUAUCCUUUAUGAAGGUUAUGUCUUAGAUUAUCCUGAAAUUUCAUAUGUUACUGGAGGAUUUUAUUCAAAUUGGUUUGAUGGUAUAAUAAAACUAUCGAAUGAAACAUGGCACAUUGAACCAACUCGUAAAUAUGGUGUUUUUUUAAUUGACUUUGGUCCAUCGAUAAUUUAUAAUGCACUUGACGUUGAUUUGACAAAAUAUAACAGUAAUGAAGCAUUUCGAUAUAAACGAUAUAUAAUGAAUGAAGAUGAAGAAUUGUCAUCAUCAUCUUUUUGUGGAUUAAAUGAUCAUAAAAUACGAGAAGAAAUGCAAAAAGAAAAAGAACGAUUAAAAAAAAUUGAAUGUAAUAAUAAUUUUGAUUAUAAAUCUCAUUAUACACGAACAAAACGACAAACAACAACUAAUACAGAUCGAGAGCGUACAUGUUGUUAUAUGUAUAUACGUAUUGAUCCAACACUUUGGGAUAUUGUUUAUAAAAAUGAAGGACUUAAUGAAAAAGAAGCAACUAUUCAUGCACUUGUAACAUUUUUAUAUCGAAUAGUAACAGCAGCAAAUGCAAUAUAUCGUUCAGUAAAAUUUGAAUCAAAUGAUGAUUUUCUUUAUCGAUUUACAUUACGAAUAAAAAGAAUUCGAAUUUUAACAUCUGAUGAUUGUGAACAAAAAAAUUUAAGUUUAAGUGAAACAAAUAUUUGUCGUCCAUAUCUUGAUUCAAAUGUUUUAUUAACAUGGCAUUCAGCUGAAAAUUUCGAUGAAUAUUGUUUAGCAUAUAUAUUUACUGGAAGAGAUUUUGGUGAUGGAACAUUAGGUUUGGCAUGGAUGGGAAGUAUUGCACCAAAUAGUCGUGGUGGUAUUUGUGAAAAAUCUGUAAAAGAUAUCUAUGAAGGACAACGUGUUAUAAAAACUCUUAAUACAGGAAUGAUAACUGUUAUUAAUCAUAAUACGCGAACAUCAGCAUUAAUGACAGAAUUAACAUUUUCUCAUGAAGUUGGACAUAGUUUAGGAGCUGAACAUGAUGAUGAAAAAUGUGGAGGAGAUGCAAAAUAUGGUCAUUAUAUAAUGCACGGAAGAGCAACCACUGGUCUUGAAGAAAAUAACAAUAAAUUUUCUAAUUGUAGCAUGAAUAAAAUGGGACCUAUUAUGAUUUCUGUUAAAAAUCAACUCCUUGGAAAAACUAAUUGUUUAACAGAAUGUUUAAAAGUUGGUUAUUGUGGAAAUCGAAAUGUUGAAGAUGAUGAAGAAUGUGAUUGUGGAUUUACUUCUGAAUGUACAGAUCAUUGUUGUUAUCCAGCUGAUGUAUCAGAUACAAAAUUAAGUUGUAAAUUAAAACCAGGUGCUCGUUGCAGUCCAUCCAAAGGACCAUGUUGUUCUGAUCAAUGUACAUUUCAUUCUAUUUCACAUAUAUGUCAUAAAGAUAAAGCUAGUCAAGAUUGUAUUGGAGAUGUUCGAUGCGAUGGUAUUCGAACAACAUGCCCACUUAAUGAUACACAAUUUUUUAAGCCGAUCGAUACACCAUGUAAUCUAAAUACGGCAUUAUGUGAUCGAGGGGAAUGUAAUAAAAGUAUAUGUACAUUAAUUGGAAAAAUUGAAUGUACAUUGACUAUACCAAAUGUUGUUGAACCAUUACGUCAACGUGGUGUUGAUCGAGAAUACUUAUGCCAUAUUGGUUGUUUUGAUACACGAACAAAUUCAUGUAUUGAUACACAUGCUCUUCUUAUGCCAAAUAAUUAUAGUAAAACUGGAUAUGGUUAUAAACAUCGACCUGGACAUGCUUGUGCUGGAACGGCUGGAUAUUGUGAUGUAUUUGGUAAAUGUCGUGCUGUUGACGCUGAAGGUCCAUUAACACGAUUGAAAAAUAUGUUACUUAAUGAAGAAAAUAUUCGUACACUGACGGAAAUUACUCAAGAAUAUUGGUGGGCUUUAGUAUUAGGUCUAUUAGGUGUUAUUGGUUUCAUGAGUAUAUUUGUAAAAAUUUGUUCCGUUCAUACACCGUCAUCAAAUCCACGUUUCAAACCUGCUCGAUCUCUUUCGCUCAAACAUGGGUCCUAUGAUCCUCGACAUCAUAGUCUUGAAAUUCCUCGUCCACCUACAUCACCACUAAGAUUAACUGGAGUUGAACUUAAUUCAUUAGAACAAAAAUCGAACGUAGAUGUACGUGGAAGAUCUUCGUCAAAAAAUAAAGACAAUAUUUCUUGUCUUUAA